AAUUCGAAACUGUCCAAUCAGAGAGGAGCAAAGCGCCCAGCGCCCCAAACCGGUACUUUCAAAACUAACACGACAACACGGUUGUUUUCCAGCUAAGGAAAUAUAACUCAAACACCACGUUUGGUUCAAGUGGAGUCAACAGUUUGACGGGAUAUGGACGAAGAAGAUCCCGCGGCGUCUAUGACAAUCCGAAAAGAGCUGCGCAAGCAGAAGAUGAUGGAAUAUUUGACAAUGAAAGGAAAAUCCAAAUUGCCCGGAUCUAAGCCAAACGUCGCUGAUGGUCCGGUGAAGAAGUCUGAACCCGCGCGACCAUCUUCACUCCAGCUCAUCAAGGGAAAAGAAAACAAAGCCCCCGUCAGCAGUUUUAGACAGAAAGUCAAAAACGCUCAACCUUUGGCUCCUCUUGCCAACCAAAACCCGGCCAGAAAAACCUUCGUGGUUCGAAACAAAGAGAAUCUACAAAGCAGCAUCCGGACUGAACCGCAGAAAUCCAGAGGUUCGCUUAGUGUUUGUUCCACACUCGCUGAAAAGCCAGCUUUUAGGGCGACGUACUCGCUUUCCUCCAAGCCCCUCCUGAAAGCAGACAGUCAUACCACAAAUCAGACCAAAGUCAGGAAACCGCCGACAGGGAAAGUCUCUUCCAAUGCCAACUUUUCAGUUAUGAAGAACCCGAAAGGCUCACUCAAGACUGCGACAAAUAUAGCCGCUUCCUUCCUGGCUACGGCUUACACCGUCAGGAUGAGUUUGGGACCAAUGGUCAAAACCAGGACUGGCCUCAUUCCCACCAUGAUCAUACCCAGAGUCCCUGAACCAGCACGGACUCAGAAAUCCGCUCCUUUGCGAUCCGGCGUCUCAUCUUCCUGUCCCGUCUCCAAAAUCCCACUACGCCAAAGACCAGCUGUCUCUUGUUUGACUGCCAACAAGACUCAGGAGUCUCGCCACAAAGCCAUCCUCGCCAGACAGUCGCAGCCGCCUUCUUUUAAGCUGAAAUCAACAUUCACCACCUCCUCGUCGCGCACAGCACCACACGCUCAGCCGGCGAAGCAGAGACCCGAGCUCCAAGCCAGGAAGACGAGCCAGCGCCCCAACGUCCACGGCGGAGUGGCGGCGAGCAGGUGCGUCGCCAAGACAGACGGUAAAGCCCCUCCGGCUGUGGCACAAGUGGAGAAACCCAAGACGGGCAGAGACACCGCAAACAAGGUGGUGGAUGCCUCCAUUAAGACCGCUCCAAAGAGAAGAAACGCUCCGGCGCCACGGACCGCCACUGCCAUCAGCCAACCAAAGCCCGCUCCUGCUACGAAAGCGCCAAAGUCCCAAACUGUGGACAAAAAAGUUACUGCUGAGCAAGAGGCGAGAAUGAAUAAACUGCAGGCCUGGCGGGAAGCCAAAGGUAUUUCCUACAAGCGCCCUCCGAUGACAGUCAAGCCCCCGGCCAAGCGAGCUGUGGCAUUGCCCGAACCUUCCUGCACCACCAUGAAGGCGGAGGACGACGCUCGCCUGUUUGUCCAAGCCGUGGACAGAUCCCUGUCCGACUGCAUCAAACUGCUUGCUGAGAGCCGCCAAAACCGCCAGGUGAAGGAGGUCCUCUUACGGCUCCCCCCCGUUGCCCAGAAGUUUGUCAAAUUCUGGAUCCUCAAGGCCCGCCUGAUGGAGCAAGAGGGCAACCUGGACGUCCUGCCCAUGUUUGAGGAGGCCGUCAACGUUGUCUUGGAACCUGUGGACGAGCUGCGCACGGUGGUCUUUGACAUCUUGAAGAAAAAGGACAAGACCCAAGGUGGCUCUGGUGCGAUCGGCGGAAGGACGAAGGACUUCACCCGAUGCGUUUGGCGGCCCGGAGACGUAGGAAGUCAAGCCUGUGAGGACGACGAGAAGGAAGAAUGCCAAACUCCAAGCAAAGUGGAAAGUGCAGCUGAGAGUGACGACAAGCACCCCGUUGUGACUCCCCCGGCCCCUGUCAGAGCCCACAUCUGGGGGGAGAAGAGCUGCUCGUCUGUCGUCAAGUACAAGAUCACAGUCACUCCUGGGCCCCCCUCAAGACAGCAGAAGGAGCCCAAGCAAGUCAACGGCCAGAAGGUGUUCUUCUUCACACCAGUCAGGCGCUCUGUGCGCAUCGACAGGACGUCGCUGCAGUACCCGGCAUGCCUCCAGGAGCAUGACCCUUGUGUGGCCUCGUUCAGUGACCUGCUGGCCGCCGAAGAGGAGGAGGAGAAGAAAGUGGACGAUGAAAAACAGACAGGCGGCGAAACGAGCUCCAAGGACGAUUCGCUGAUAUACAUCUACCGGGAGAACGAGGCGCUGAAAGACAAAACAUAUGUCCAACUUUUGGGGGAGCAGGAGUCCUAACUGCUUUGGUACACCUGCCGAUGACAGCCUUCAGUAUUUUCAUGACAACAACAAAAUGUUUUGUUUACCUUUCAGGGUCCAAAAAGAACAGGAUACUUUAUGACGAAAAUGCCUCGGAAGUCAAGUGAAAAUUAAAACUGUCCAAGGCAUUGAUAAACCUUAGCAAUGAUGAUGAGCAAUACAAUUUACUACACCAUUUUUACCAAGCACAUCCACUUGGUGUCAACUUCAAAAGAAGUACCCAUAAAAGACCACUAGGUGACAGUAUAGUCCCGCAAAUACCUUGUUCCCUGCAUGUCCUCAUCAAGGGGUGAGUUACUUUAUACUUUUUUAUUCUUGUUUAACACUUUUUACAAUGUUGUGGUACUUGUUCAAAUGUUACCUGAGUUGUUAAUAAAAUAUUUUA